AUGGCUGCACGUCAAGGUCCACUAGCAACGGCUGCUCAUCAAAUAUGCUCACAAGUCUUGUUGUCUGUGUCUCUUCUCACACUUGCACUGGUGGCAUCUGCUCAGUCCUUGAUCGCCACUUCUAUAUUGCAAGGUGAUUACAGAACUGUGAAGGAAGUCACUUAUUUUGUGCUAAAGAUAGGAUUAGUCACAGGGGUUGCAUUGGCUUUGGUUUUGGGCGUAUCUUUUGGUACGUUAGCCACCUUGUUUACCAGUGAUGCAGAUGUAUUAGGAAUCGUUAGAACUGGGGUGUUGUUUGUCAGCGCCAGUCUACCUUUGAAUUCUUUAGCUUUUAUUUUCGAUGGCCUCCAUUGUGGUGCUUCGGAUUUCGCUUUUGCUGCUCGUUCUAUGAUGCUUGUGGGGACAAUAUCUUCCAUGUUUCCGCUGUAUGCCUCAUCAAUUUUUGGUCUUCCCGGUGUUUGGUGUGGCUUGACUCUCUUUAUGGGGUUGCGAACGGUGGCAGGAUACAUCAGAUUAAUGUCAAAGAGUGGCCCAUGGUGGUUCCUGCAUAAGGAUCGGAAGAGAAUUGAGGAGACAGUAAGUGAAGAGCCUCUCGAAUGGGAGGGAAUCCCAUGGAGCCAUGAGGGCGGAAAUCCAUUGCUUUUGUGA